AUGAAUUUCGGCUUCACAUAUUUACCAGACAACGAAGUCAGCUGGAGGUUCCCUCUAGGCUUCCAAGCCCUGCUCGCUCUAGGAACUGGCCUUUUUGUACCUUUCCUAGUGGAGUCACCGCGCUGGCUUUGCCUCAAAGAUCGUCACCAGGAUGCGAAGUACGCCCUCGCUCGCCUGUAUAAGAAGCCCGUAGAUGACCUGGAGGUGACCGAGGCAUUGGAAAUCAUCAUCGAAACGAUCGCAGAAGAGCGUGCAGACGGCGAGAUUGGCUUCCGAGAGGUGUUUCACAACGGCAAGCAGCAGACAUUCCGUCGCAUCUGUCUAGGUGCGGGGGCCAAUAUCUUCCAGCAAAUCGGUGGUGUCAAUGUCGUUGCCUACUACCUCCCGGUCGUGCUGGAGCGCUCUUUCGGCUUCUCUCCAAGAAUGUCGCUUGUCCUGUCUGCAUGUGACUCAAUGCAAUGGAUGUUCUGGGCUGCUUGCACGACUUACGGCAUUGAAAAGUUCGGCAGAAAGAAGUUGAUGCUCUUCGGCGCUGUAGGUUGCAGCUUGUGCUUUGCGGUCACCGCCGCUGGCCUCGGCGUAGGAACAAAGGUGUCCAAUGGGGUGGCCGUGGCAUUCAUCUUCCUCUUCUACUUCUUCUUUGGACAAUCUUUCAUGACCAUCGGGUUCUUGUACCCGUCGGAGAUCAACGGAAACCAAUCACGGAACCUUGGUGCAGCCAUCGCCAUGGUUACAAACUGGCUCGGAGUCUACCUGGUCGUUUCCAUUACGCCAAUAGGUAUUCAAAAUAUCUCUUGGCGGUUCUACAUCAUCUUUGCAGUACUGAAUGCCGCUUUUAUUCCCUUCAUAUGGCUGUUUUACGUUGAGACUGCGGGCUUGUCACUCGACGAGAUCGACCGUGUGUUCGUCCUAAAACAUGCGCCGGGAUCUGGGUUGACCUACAAACAAGCGACUGAACAGGCCAAGAUCGAACUGGCGGCAGAGCGUCUGGAGAUCACCACCCGGGCCAAGUACGAGGAGAAGCCUGUGUCCCAGCAUGUAGAGGCUGUGGUCUAA